AUGCCAAUAAGCUCUUAUCUUAUCACUCCUGUCGCUAACUAUAGCAUGCUCAUCCGCAUAUUCCUGCUUGCUCUCACCAUUUUGUACGUCAAAGCUGACAAUGCUGGCAGUGACGGAAUCACCUGCGCGUUCUGUAAAGCCGGUUUAGCCUCUAUGACACAACAAAUCCAGUCUAAUAACGAUGUCAUGGCUCAAAUGGGAGAGUCUAUAUCACAAGGAUGCGAUCAGGUUCCAAAUGAGCUGCAGAGGCGAGCGUGCAGGUUGACACUUGAUGACAAUUUCCCUCUCUUCCUUCAGGUAUGUUGUGACAUGCCAAAAUAGGG